AUGGCACUCUCAUCGCAUGUUGACCCUGAUGCUAUCAUCAAACAAUUCCGAGAAGAUUUCGACAAAGAACAGGAGCAGGAAGCUGCUGGAAUCUUUACGUCGAAUGCGGUCUCAUCCGUAACUCCGUAUUCAACGAGAUACUCUAGCAGGGAGGAGAUACCUAAAUUCAAAAUCCCUAAGCUAGGUGCUCGUGCGGAUGCGGUGCACCAUAUGUUGAGCAAUGAGCUCGAUCUGGAUGGCAUCCCGAACUUAAACAUGGCAAGUUUCGUUGGCACUUACAUGGACCGAGAAGCAAAUCAGCUUGUGGUAGAGAAUAUCAGUAAGAACCUAGCAGAUGCAGACGAGUAUCCUGCGUUAAUGGCUAUACACGCACGGUGUAUUUCCAUGAUAUCCAACCUGUGGCACCCUCAAUCAGGAGAAGAAGCCACUGGAUCCGCUACCACCGGGUCCUCUGAAGCUAUCAUGUUGGGCGGACUGGCUAUGAAAAAGAAUUGGCAGCAGAAGCGUAAGGAUGCAGGGAAAGACACAUCCACUCCUAAUAUCAUCAUGGGGUCGAAUGCUCAGGUGGCCCUUCUUAAGUUCGCCCGGUACUUUGAUGUCGAAGCCCGCAUACUGGAUGUUUCUGAGAAGAGCCAAUUUCGCCUCGACCCAGACUUGGUCAAGAAAAAUGUGGACGAGAAUACCAUCGGGAUAUUUGUGAUUCUUGGAAGUACGUAUACUGGACACUAUGAGCCUGUCGAAGAGAUCUCCAAUAUCCUGGACGGUAUACAGUCCGAAACCGGCAUAGAUGUCCCUAUACAUGUUGACGCCGCCAGCGGUGGGUUCGUCGCACCAUUUACGGAUGCAGGGGCUGGAGGACCAAAAUGGAAUUUUGAAUUGCCCCGAGUCAAGUCAAUAAAUGCAUCCGGGCAUAAGUAUGGUCUCGUGUAUGCGGGAUUGGGGUGGAUUAUCUGGAGAGACCGCUCCUAUCUACCAAAGGAACUCAUCUUCGAGCUUGACUAUCUUGGGAGCAGAGAAGAGACUUACACGUUGAACUUCUCUAGACCAGGGGCACAAGUAAUCGGUCAGUACUACAACUUCGUCCGCCUUGGGUUCAAUGGGUAUCGCGAGAUCAUGGAGAACUGUUUAGCCAAUGCAAGGCUGCUGAGCAAAACUUUGGAGCGGACUGGAUGGUUUAUCUGUUUAAGCGACAUCCACCGGAAGAAAGGGGAGUUUUACCACCAGCAUCUGAACAAAAUCACACCAUAUAAUGAGGGUGAAACGUCCGCCGACUAUAAUGCCGGCCUGCCAGUGGUGACCUUCAGGUUCUCAGAUGCCUUCAAGGAGAAGUAUCCUCAUGUCAAACAAGAGAGUAUAAGCCUCCUGUUAAGGUCGAAGCAGUAUAUCAUUCCCAACUACCCACUUCCUCCCAAGGAGCAGGAGACAUAUAUUCUGCGAGUCGUCGUCCGGGAGAGCAUGGCCGCAGAUCUCAUCGACAAGCUUGUGGCAGAUAUUGUUGCCGUCACCGAGCGCCUGAUGAAAUCUGACCCAGUAGACCUGGCCGCACUGCAGACAGGCCCAACCAGCCUUGAACGCCGCCGAGCAAAAGGCAAAGAGCAUCUUCAUCAUCAUCACAAAGACUCAAAGCAACCAAGCGAGAAGAAAGAGAAGACCAAUGACCACCCGAUGAGAAGUGGAAUCCACCGUUCCGUCUGCUAA